GGCGGCACAUCUGGCAUCGGCGCCAGCGUGGUCCACGCCCUCGCCUCCCGCGGCGCCCAAAUCAUCCUCCUAACCCAACACUCCCCCUCCGACAUCUUCCUCGUGGAAUACAUCGACGACCUGCGCCAAAAAACCAAUAACCAGCUGAUCUACGCCGAACAAGUGGAUCUCUCUUCCCUGCACAGUAUCCGGACCUUCGCGACGAAAUGGAUCGAUAAUGUCCCGCCGCGACGACUCGAUAUGCUGAUCUUGUGUGGGAAUACGAAUCCGCCGGUGGCGCGCAAGACACAGUUGACGGUGGAUGGGCUGGAUGAGGAGUUUAUGGUGAAUUAUUUGGCGAAUUUUCAUUUGUUGAGUAUCCUUUCGCCGGCGUUGCGGGUGCAGCCGGCGCAUCGGGAUGUGAGGGUUAUUUUUGUGACGUGUGCGAGUUAUAUUGGGGCGAGGUUUGAUUUGAGGAUGGUGGAGGAGGCGAUGGUUGCGACGGCGUCGAGGGCGGAGUCCUCGGAUGGGAACGGGGCAAGACGAAUGGUGAUGAAGAACGGCAAGCUACAGCGGGAAAAAGCCAAGAAGGUGAAGAAGGGCGUGAGUUUGUAUGGCUUGAGCAAGCUAUCAUUGAUGGUCUUUGCGCAGUCGUUUCAGAAACAUCUCAAUGCGUUUAAGAGACCCGAUGGACAGCCGCCCAGUGCGAGGGUCAUCAUGGUGGAUCCCGGGUUUAGUCGCACGCCUGGGAAUCGGCGGUGGAUGACGGGGGGUUCGUUGUGGGGGUUGUUGGUGUAUUUGGUGACGUGGCCGGUGUGGUGGUUGGUGUUGAAGUCGCCGCAGCAGGGGGCGCAGAGUAUCUUGUAUGCGGCGAUGGAUGCGCAGUUUGGGCGGGGGGAGGGCGGGUGGUUGAUUAAGGAGUGCAAGGAGGUGGAUGUGGCGAGGAGGGAGGUCAAGGAUGAAGAGGCGGGCAAGAUGUUGUGGCAGUUUAGUGAGAAGCUGAUUGAGGUCAAGGAGAAGGAGUCGGCCGUGCGACGGGCGCUGGAGGCCAAAGAAAAGGAACAGGCGGAGCAGCCCAAGGCAUCGGCGAAAGAGCCGACGCCUGGCUCGCGCAGGAGCCGCAAGGGUAAAUAG